CAUCCCUUGGUGCCAACAGAUGAGGUUCACAAUCUCUUCCACAAAACAUCCAGUUAAAUAUCUGAGGAUAAUCAGGGACUUGGAUUUGGGUGGCGGGAGAUCAACAUAAACCAAGACAAGGAAGAAGUCAAAUAAACGAAUCAAGUAGAGUCUCUGGGAUAUAACGUGGUGGUUUGGGGGUUUGCAUAGUGCAGAGUAUGGUACUGGCCUAAGGCACUGAGGAUCAUCUUUUUCCCAUACCCACCAGAGACGCCUUAGGCGCCUAAGUCAUCAGGGCAUUCACCGCCUGGGGCGCUUGAGUCAUCAGGACACUGCCAGGAGACACAGAACCCUAGAUGCCCUGCAGAAUCCUUCCUGUUAGGGCUCCCCUCCCUGAAACAUCCUUCACUGCUAUAUUUCCAAGAAAGGAAGGGGGCUGGCUGGGAGGAAGAGAGGUGGGGAGGUGAUCAGGGUUCACAGAGGAGGGAACUGAAUGACAUCCCAGGAUUACGUAAACUCUUAGAGACAGUUCACAAGUAUUCACAAGUUCACAAGUGUGGCCUGGAAGCUGGCGGGUGCUGCUGUUUAGGAAAGAAGCUAGAGCCCUUCCAGAGCCUGUCCGGAGCUCAGAGGCUGGGAAGACCUAUCCACCAUGGAGCGCGCAUCCUGCUUGCUGCUGCUGCUGCCGCUGGUGCACGUCUCUGCGACCACGCCAGAACCUUGUGAGCUGGACGAUGAAGAUUUCCGCUGCGUCUGCAACUUCUCUGAACCUCAUCCCGACUGGUCCGAAGCCUUCCAGUGUGUUUCUGCAGUCGAGGUGGAGAUCCGUGUCGGCGGUCUCAGCCUAGAGCCGUUUCUAAAGCGCGUCGAUCCCGAUGCCGACCCGCGGCAGUAUGCUGACACGGUCAAGGCUCUCCGCGUGCGGCGGCUCACAUUAGGAGCCGCACAGGUUCCUGCUCAGCUACUGGUAGGCGCCUUGCGUGUACUAGCGUACUCCCGGCUCCAGGAACUGACGCUCGAGGACCUAGAGAUAACCGGCACCAUGCCUCCCCUGCCUCUGGAAGCCACAGGGCUUGCACUCUCCAGCUUGCGCCUACGCAACGUGUCGUGGGCGACAGGGCGUUCCUGGCUCGCCGAGCUGCAGCAGUGGCUCAAGCCAGGCCUCAAGGUACUGAGCAUUGCCCAAGCACACUCGCCUGCCUUUUCCUGCGAACAGGUUCGCGCUUUCCCGGCCCUCACCAGCCUAGACCUGUCUGACAAUCCUGGACUGGGCGAACGCGGACUGAUCGCGACUCUCUGUCCCCACAAGUUCCCGGCCCUCCAGAAUCUAGCGCUGCGCAACACAGGAAUGGAGACGCCCACAGGCGUGUGCGCUGCACUGGCGGCGGCAGGUGUGCAGCCCCACAGCCUAGACCUCAGCCACAACUCGCUGCGCGCCACCGCAGACCCUAGCGCUCCGAGAUGUAUGUGGUCCAGCGCCCUAAACUCCCUCAAUCUGUCGUUCGCUGGGCUGGAACAGGUGCCCAAAGGACUGCCGGCCAAGCUCAGAGUGCUCGAUCUCAGCUGCAACAGACUGAACAGGAGGCCGCGGCCUGACGAGCUGCCCCAGGUGGAUAACCUGACACUGGACGGAAAUCCUUUCCUGGUCCCUGGAACUGCCCUCCCCCAAGAGGGCUCAAUGAACUCCGGCGUGGUCCCAGCCUGUGCACGUUCGACCCUGUCGGUGGGGGUGUCGGGAACCCUGGUGCUGCUCCAAGGGGCCCGGGGCUUUGCCUAAGAUCCAGGAGAGAAUAAUGAAUGGGCUCAAACUGCCUUGGCUUCAGGGGCGUCCCGUCAGGACGUUGAGGACUUUUCGACCAGCUCAACCCUUUGCCCCAUCUUUAUUAAAAUCUUAAACAAUGG